CUUCAGACAGACCGCGGGCAUACUCCUGCACCUCUUCCAUGGAGGCCGCCGGCGGGCCGCGAUAAGUUUGCGUGAUGAUGGGUACCACCCGGGACUCCACCUGACGUCGGAGAUGAUCCUUUUCUCGUCUGUGCGCAUCCUCUAAGCAUUUAUACUCGUUCUCCAGUUGAAAUAAACGCUGCUGGAGUUCACUGUUGGUCUUGUGAGCGUGUUGAAGCUCCCUCCCGCAGCCUUUCAGCUCGCCACUGAUGCCAUUGCACACCUCAGUCUGCUCGCUGCACAGAGACUGGACCAUCUGCAACUCCCGCCAUAGCUUCUCCCGCUCCAUCUCUGCCUGGGACUUUUCAAACGACAGCUGCCCCACCAUUCUCCUCAGAUCCCGCAUCUCAUCCCUGUAUUUUGACUCCCACGCCUGCGUCUUCGCUUGUCUGAGUUUAUUUAUUUCAGUUAUAAGAUGCGCAUUUUCCUGCUCCAGUUGCUUCGUUCUGGAAAGGUACUGGACAAGUCUGCUGUUGAGCUCCUGCAGCUGGUGUUUUUCGCUCUCAAAAGUUCUCUUGAAAGGCAACAUUGUGGCUUCUAAUUAUAAAAAUGUAUAUGCUACUGUUGUGAAGUGCGUGGCACCAUGCCUUCCUUACUAACUGUAUACUUCACUGCGUCAUGAGUGGGGGCGAAAUUGUGGUCGUAACAGGCUUCGGACCUUUCAGACAGUUUUUAUUGAACCCCAGCUGGAAAGCAGCCCAGGGGUUGAAGUUGGUCGGAUUGGGAGAGCAGACUGGUGUUUACAUUAAAGAGUUACCAGUGAGUUAUAUUAAGACUCAGCAAAUCAUCGCAGAGAUUUGGCAAACUCUUCACCCAAAGUUCGCUGUACAUCUGGGUGUGGCCAGCGGUUCCAGUGUCAUCAUUCUGGAGCAAACAGGGAAGAACAGUGGAUACAGAGACAAAGAUGUGCGUGGCUUCUGUCCUGAAAGUCACUGCUGUGUGGAAGGAGGACCACAGAAACUUGACUCAGUCCUUAACAUGAGGGCCGUCUCCAAAGACUUCAAACAAGCAGGGAAGGAUGUCAUUUAUUCAAGAGAUGCUGGCAGGUACCUGUGUGAUUUUGCCUAUUACUGCUCACUGUAUCACGGUCAGAGGAGAGCAGCCCUCAUCCAUUUACCCUCAUCUGGCAGCCUGACCUCAGCUGACAAACUGGUGCCCCUGCUGCAGACCCUCAUUCAGACCAUGCUUGACCAGCUGGAGGACCCUCCAGAAAGAGCAUGAAGAGAUGAUGACAGCGCGCUUCCUCGAACCAGCGGUCAGCGAGGUCGAUCUUCUAAUGAAGACAUUUCACACGACAUAGACGCACAUUACAGACCAUAAUCACUGAAUGAUGGGGAUGAGGCCUCAGAGGUAAAUAAAUAGCAAACAUAGUCUUAUAGUUCUCAUUCAUUUAUUUAUUCAAAAUUUCAGGGGAAAAAAAGAAAAUACAAGAGAUUUUCAUACACAUUUGAAGAUGGCAUUUUAAAAAAAUACACCAUCUCAGCUAUAGAUGUGAAAAAAUGUUGAGGCCUCAGAUACAGAUCUUGAAAAAAAGACAGUCUAGUGAAUUUUUUUUAGAUUAUUUCUUUCCCCAAUCAGGUAAUGAACACAGAGAUCUUGUGAAAGUAUUGUAAUAAAAUAAAAGUAGUAGACCAAGGCCCCCUCAGAAGGUAUAGGAAUGCAAAUAAAACUAAAAACAGAGGCAUGACAAUGAUAAACCUCAAACUUAUUAUUGCAGUUUGAAUGCACUGACGCAUCCUCCAUGAACCUGAGGUUUGCAUGAAGAACAUUCUGAAGAAUUAAGGUGAUAAAUAUGACUAAGUUGAAUGUAUUUUUUUUAGUUAGCUACUGUAUAUUUACGCAGCAAUCUGGUAAUGCAAUAAAAGCAACUAGCGUGAAGCUGUAAACUUCGGCCUAUCCUCUUUUUCUAAUCAUGUUCUUUACUCUUUACCAUGACUACCCGUAAUCUACGCAACAUCCCUGUCCUAUACAUGUCCACGUGUUCAGCAUUAAUUCACCUCACAACAGGGCAAUGUAAUGUCUACUCUCAGAAUUGAAAAGUUGAAAUAUAUCAUUAAAUGUUUGUAUUUUAUCAUUACAUACAUCCAACGGAGAAAAAUAAAAAUAAACGCACAGAUAUGUUAAGUAACUACA